CACAGCUUCUCCCAUCCGACUCUUUUUUUCGUUCACCCCUUCGCACUUAUUCGUACCGGAAAAAAACAAGAAGCUGCAGGAGGUGUGGGAAGGCCCCAGCCACUUUAGCUGGCCACCUAUAAAGCAUGCCUAGUUUGCUUUCCUGAACAACACAAGCUGAACAAGAUAUAUACACUGUGGCUUGCUACGCCUCUCCGCCCAUAAACUUUAUAUAGUUAUCUCUGCGCACAACAUUUAAAAACAAAGCUGACCACACCUUGUGACCAGCAGCUUCCUCCUUCCUCGCCCUCAUCAUGCGCUCUUCGCUUCCCUCGCCGCUGCUGCUAGCAGCGACGCUGCUAGCUUUCCUCCUCAGCUCUCCCGUAUCUACGCACGCUCGCCAUCGCCAGUCCUCUUUCGACGACGACGACUCCACAAUCACAACCAUCACGUGCCCUCCGCCCGGCUUCUCGGCUGUCCCCAAGCUCAACCUCACGGCCUACACCUCCGCGCCCUGGUACGCCCAACGCCAAGCGCCCAUCAGCUACCAAGGCGAAGACCCUCUCCAGUUCCUGUACUGCGUUCGCGCGGAGUACGUACCGGUAAACGACCCACGGGUCAACGGACCGCGCCGAAACAGCGACGAUGAUGACAACGAUAACGGCAACGACAGUGGAGACGAGUACUACGAUGAACAGCAGGACAAGGGCGGAGCUGUGACGGGCGGAAAUUUGGGGCGUUACGGCGUGCCCGUUUACUCGGUACUUAACUACGCCAACCGAG